UGGGCACUGAAAGCAAAGUGCUAAUCAUUCCAUUCCAUUCCAUGGGGACCACCAUUGUUUCCCUUCACCUUCUUGUUUUUACCUUGAUGGUUUUCCAAUGCUAUGGUGCAAACCAGGGACCCACCACUUUCAUUAAGACCUCAUGCAGAGCCACGCGCUACCCGCCCUUAUGCGUCCAGACCCUCUCUUCUUACGCCAACUCAAUCCAACAAAACCCGCACCAGCUCGCCCAAACCGCUCUCUCGGUCGGCCUAGCCCGGGCCGGAUCCGCCGCGAAGUUCAUCCUCGGGCUGACCCGAACCGCGGGGCUGAAGCCCAGGGAGAAGCAGGCUCUGAAGGACUGCAUGGCUAACAUGGGCGUCACCGUGGCUCAGCUCAAGCGCUCCAUCAAGGAGCUGAGCCAGACGGACAAUCUGCCGAAGCGUAGCUUUUCGUGGCGAGUUGGGAACGUGCAGACGUGGGUGAGCACUGCUAUUACUAAUGGGAAUAAUUGCCUUGAUGGGUUUUCUGGAUCCGCCAUGGAUGGGAGCGUGAAGGGUGCUGUUAGUCCCAAAGUGCUAAGUGUGGUACAAGUCACCAGCAAUGCUCUCGCUUUGGUUAACAACUUUGCUGCUAGGCACAAGGCUGGUACAGCCACCAAUAUUCCUUGAAUGAAUGAAUGAGUGACCACAAGUUCGAUAUUGGUUAGGUUUGCUCGGUCUGCACAAGUUGCGUAGUUGGUUUUUUUCAUGGCCAGUUAAACUCGUAGUUAUUACUCGAGUUGUACUGGAUAAAUCCUGUUAUUGUGUAAUAACCUGCUGUGACUACUUGUAGUUGCUUUUUUUCGUGAAUGGCCAGUUAAACUGGCUGUCAUUACUCGAGUUAUACUGGGUAAAUCCUAUUAUAUUGUGUAAUAACCUGCUCUGCUGUAACUACUUGUUUUAUGUUGUAUUGUAGAUUGUGCAACAGUUUUUGUGCACAAUUGGGUAUAGCUCAUAUCGAUCAAGUCUAGCUAAGAAUUCCUUCAUCCUACGUAUGUAACACUUGUCCUCAUGGUGUUCUCCUACAAAUUAAAUUGAUAUAGAUGGUAAGUGAUAUGCAAGCAAAGUUUGUUCCUUAGCUUUUUAUACGAGUGUUUAUUCUACUUUUGAUUUUGUA